AUGUUUGAAAAUAUAAAUAACAGAUUAUUACCAAUAAAAGCACAUUAUUUUUUAUUUAAUGCAGCUACUGGACCAAUAGUACCAUUUUUACCAACAAUAGCAAAACAAUUAGGAUUUUCUGGAUUUUUAGUAGGCACAAUAUAUACAAUAUUACCAAUUUCUGGUUUAAUAGCAAAACCUUUAUUUGGAGCAUUGGCUGACAAAUUUAAAAUUCAUAAAAUAUUAUUUUUAAUAUUUCAAGUUAUAGUUGCAAUAGCUUUAUUCACAAUAUAUUUUAUACCUGAAAUACAGAAUAAAGCAAAUGUUUAUCUUACUUGUAAUGGUGAAGCAACUUUAGAAAUGUGUUCGAAACAUGGAUUUUCUGAUAAAAUUAUACAAGAUGUAAUAACAGAGCUUCACUUAAAUAAAUCAUGUCAGGUAUCUUGUAAAGCCACAAAAGAAAUUUAUUUAGAAAUCUGUUCAUAUUGGAAAGUAUCUCAUUUUUGUGAAUUACAAAAUUCAAGUACUAUUUUGGAUACAGAUACAUUUAAUUUUACUUUAACAUUUGAUACAUUUCAUGAUUACUAUAUGAACAAUUGUAUAUAUAUAAGCAUUUUGACUGCUAAAUUCUCAGAUGCAAUAUAUAAACCAGCUUGUAAACAUUAUGUGAGAACAUCAUGUAUAGCUACAUGUUAUGAUAACCCAAUUUUUAAUCAACUAUUGUAUGAAAUUGAUGUUUCUGAGAAUUCUACACAGAAUUCAACAUACCAAUUUUAUUCAUUUUUAUGGGCAACUGUAAUAAGUUGGAUUGGAAUGGCAGUUAUAGUUAGCAUAACAGAUGCUAUAUGUUUUAAUCUUCUUGGAAAUGAAAGAAGGAAUGAGUAUGGAAAACAAAAAAUGUGGGGUAGUAUUGGUUUUGGUAUUUUUGGAAUAAGCGCAGGAUAUCUUGUAGAUAUAUUUAGUGCAGGAAAAUUUCAAAAAGAUUAUACUUGUAUAUUUUAUAUUAUGUUGAUCAUUAUGAUUUUUGAUAUUAUUAUAUCUACAACUUUAAGAAAGAAAAGUCCAGAAUACUCUGAGGAUGAACCUUCAAUAUUAUUGGAAUUAUUCACCAUCCUUAGAGAAGGCAAUGUUUUGGCAUUUGGAUGGUGGUGUAUAGGAACUGGAAUGUGUACUAGUGUAGUGUGGAAUUUUCUAUUUUGGUAUACUGAAGACCUAGCAAACUCUAGUUUUCAAAUAACACAUCUGAAAACUUUACAAGGCCUUUUGACUGGUGUACAGUGUUUUUUAGGAGAACUACCAUUUAAUUUCAUCUCAGGAAAUGUACUACGAAAAUUAGGUCAUGUAAAUGUUAUGAGUUUAGUUUUACUGAUUUAUGCAAUUAGAUUUAUGGCAUAUAGUACUGUAUCAAACCCAUGGUGGUUUUUAAUUAUUGAAAUACUUCAUGGACCUACUGUAGGUCUUUGCUGGCCUACAAUGGUAUCAUAUGGUGAUAAAAUAACGCCAUCUGGUACUAAAGCUACUAUACAAGGAUUUAUUGGUGCUAUAUUUGAAGGAAUUGGAGUAUCAAGUGGUAGUUUUAUAUGUGGAUGGUUAAUAGAUACAUAUGGAGGUAUUGUAACAUUAAGGGUAUUUUCAAUAGGUGCAUUACUAUGGUUACUUUGUUUCUGGCUCAUUCAACUGUUAUUACGAAAACUUAAGAUAUCACCGAUACAUACAGGUCAUAAUCAUUUGGCGAAUUAUGCUAAUCCAGAUGAUGCAAUUCUUAUGACUAUGAGUCGCGAAUUACAAACUUAUUAAUAAAAGAAAAAUGGCAGUGUUUUUUGUUAUAGAAAUUUGAUAUAUUCAUUGUUUGUUUUCUUAGAUAUGAUUUUAAUUGAACAAGUAAAAAACAUAUUUUUCGUAUUAUCGAUAUUUUAGAUCUUAACAUAUUCGUGACUCAUUUUUAUAGGCAAAUAUUUUAUAAUUAUUCAGUAUUAUGUAUGGUAAUUGUAAAAAUCUUAUUAUGCUCUAUAAUAUAUACACUUUUUUUAGAUUGAA